AUGUAUGAGGAUAUGAUAAAUCCAGAGGAAGAAUUCCCGAAAUCAAAUUAUUACGCACCACCACCCCAAAACUCUGGAGGUAAUCAUUAUCAGCAACAAAGACAACAACCAUAUCCAGGACAACAAUAUUCAGGACAGCAACAACAGUAUUCAGGACAACCUUAUCAAAGUAGACAACAGCAACAAUAUAGUGGUGGAUACAAUCAUAGUUAUUCAAAUAAUAUCAAUAACUAUCCACUUCCACAUGAUUCUCCUCAGCAUGUUUCAGGUGGUGCUAACACCUCACCUGUGAAUGUAUCGGUUAGAGAUAGAGUACAGCAAUAUAACAAUGGUGGUGGUACCAACCAAACUAGCCAGAAAAGUAGUAGUCCUAUAAAUACCGCAUCCAAUAACUACUAUCAACCUACAUAUCCAAAUCUCUACACUGGCAAUGGUUCUCCAAGAUCAUAUUCAAGAGAAUCACAUUCGCCAAGUAAUCAAACCAACUCACCAAGACAACAACUUCAACAGCCUUUGCAACCUCUGCAACAACAACAACAGCAAUAUAGUGUUAGAUCUCCAUACCAACAACAUCCUCAGCAACCAAGAGCCAACAGUCCAAACUCACCGAAUCAAUCUAGACAAGGUGCUUAUCAAUAUCCAAAUGCCGGUGGCGCACCAACAGUUCACUAUUCACCGCCAUCCAGUAGAACAUUGUCUAGUAGCGGAGGAGGAGGAGGAUAUCCACCACCCAUUCCAUCUUCAGUUCAUCAAACACAACAACAGCAACCAACACAAGGAUAUCCAUCGAAUCAGCCACCUCAUCCAUAUCAACAUCCUCUGUACCAAAAUACAUCUCAUGUUCCACCUUCACAACAAUCUCAUCAUCAUCCACAAACACAACAGUCAUCGCCUACUAAACCAGGUCAAUACAAUUAUCCACCAGUGUCUAGAAAUAAUAACAACGGCAACAACGACAACUAUAAUCAAUAUACAAAUUCACCUGGAUAUCCACCUCCCAAACCAUCAAUGAUACCUCCAUCCCCUACAUCUGCACCAAUGCUCAACAAGCAACACAAUCCAAAAUCACCAGAUCAAUGUCUUCCAAAGAUUGGUUCACUCUCACUAGGUGAUCCAAUUCCAGGUGCUCAUGGUGAUGGUAUUCAUGAUGAUACUGUAGCAGUUCAAGCAUACUUUAAUAAUACUGCUGUCAAACAAUUCAAGAUUCCACCUGGUACAUAUUUAAUUACUUCACCAAUUUGUAUAUUUAGAGAUAAUGUUCAAUUGAUAGGUAGUCCAAAUGUUAAAUUUGUUGGAAACUUCCCAGGAUGGCCUGUACUUCCAAAUUCAGUUGGAUUUAUCAAUUGGGAGGAUUAUCUAUUCUACCUUCAAGGUGAUAAUCUUGUAUUGGAUACACUCAACAUGUCCAAUCUAUGUCCAAACUCUCUAAGUUCCUCUGCCAUAUUAAUAUAUGGAAGUGGAUGGGUUAUGAAGAAUUGUUCAAUUGAUAAUUUUAAUCAAGCACUUGUAUUUGGUAAAAUUACAAAGAGUGCAAAUCAAAAGGAUGAUACUGUAUCUUAUAAUAAUAUAAAGAUUUUCAAUAAUAAGAUUACGAAUGUCAUUGGUAUACCUGGUGGUAGUAUUUCAUUUGGUGAUGGUAUUUGUUUCUUUGGUUGUCAAGAUGUGACCAUCAACAAUAAUCUUGUAUCAGCAAAACCAGGUGCAACACCAAGAAAUGGAAUCAACUCUGGACCGGAAGGUUACUGUAGAUCUACCAACAUUAAAUAUCACAACAAUGUAUUAAGAGGUGAUUGGGACUAUCCUUUAACAACUGAAAAAGGAUCAUUCUUGUGUGGUAUCAUUGAAAGAGGAAAGAAUAUCAUAUUGGAUGGCAAUAAGAUACAUAUCACUGGUAGAGUGAAUACAACUGAAGCAUCUGCAAUUACAUUCUAUGGUGUAUUCAAUGGUUUGAUAAAGAAUAAUACUAUAGUUGGUACUUCACCUUUUGGUAUUAUUGUUAGACCUUCACAUGAGACUGGUGGUGGAAUCGAUACUGUCAUUGAACAGAAUACAAUUGAAGGAGAGUUUGGUAAUUGUAUCUUUAUGAAUGGUACCGAUAAUUCAAAGAUCAGAGGCAAUGUUAUCUUUGGCAAGGACUCAUCUGGCAAUGGUAUUCAUCUUUGGCAAGCCAAAAAGUUUGAGAUACACGAGAACAACGUCGAUAUGCCCAAGGGUACUGCAUGUCUUUGCUCCGGUGCAAACGAUGUCAUGGUCAGAGGCAACACCAUGAUGUCCUCACUGAAUGGAUUCUACAUCGGCAGUCAGAGUAACCAGGUCACCAUUGAAAACAACGAUCUAUUCGGUGUCACCCAGUCAAAGUUUGGAAAAUCCGAUGACAGUACCAAUGUCGUCUGUGAAAAGAAUUUCGGUCUAGAUAAAUAG